AUGGCUAAUGUGGUGGAAGUGAAAGUUGGUUUGCACUGUGAUGACUGUAUCAAGAAAAUCCUUAAAGCCAUCAAAAAAAUUCAAGAUAUUGAAACAUAUAACGUGGACACAAAACUGAACAAGGUCAUCGUUACUGGCAACGUCACAACAGAACAAGUUAUCAGAGUUCUUCACAAAAUUGGAAAGAAUGCAACUCCCUUUCAAGAAGAUGCAAUUUAG